AUUUAAUCUCCGUGUCACACGGAUCGAUUUACCCUCCAGGCGAUCGUUCAUAAUAUGCUGUAGUCCUCAACCUCUGCCUUGGGGACUUAUUUCGUUAUUUCAUUCCCCAUUAAAUAAACCAACACAUUCAUGAUCAAAGUGAACCCGGAGAGCCAUACAGCAAGACAAGGAGCACCAGGACUCUAAAGACCUUCGCCCUCUUGCAAAGAAAUUGGGAGCGUCACACACCCCUUUCCAGCGACCUCAUGACCCCCCAUGCUCUUCCAAUCCAUCUGCUGACUUCAUAGGAAGAGUCACCGGAGCCAUGAAUGUCGCUGCCGAGGGGUACGAGCCGCCAUCCGUUUCUGAACUGCAGAGACACCUAUGGGCCAACAGGAAGCCCGUGGACCCUGUGGAUGAAGUGUGGUCAAACCUGUACAUCAGUGAUGAGUCAACAGCACGAGACAAGGCCAUUCUGUCUGAUUUGGGAAUCACCCACAUAGUGAAUGGCGCAGAUGGACGCAUCCGCUCCCCCGCCUCUCUCUACAGUGACAUGGCCAUCACUUAUUAUGGGGUUCAAGCUGCCGACCAUCCAAGUUUCAACCUUAGCCCAUUCUUCUACCCAACAGCUGCAUUCAUCCAGACUGCACUGUCCCAGAAAGGAAGGGUGUUGGUGCACUGUGCUAUGGGGGUGAGCCGGUCAGCCACCCUGGCGCUGGCAUAUCUCAUGAUCUGCGAAGGGCUCCCCCUACUGGAGGCCAUCUGCACUGUCAGGAAGCACCGGCACAUUUGCCCAAAUUCUGGCUUUCUGGAGCAACUCAGGCAUCUCGACAUGGUCCUGGAGGAGAAGAGGACUAAUGAAAACUGGAAACAGACAGACGGAGGGACUGAUGGAGGAGGGGAGGAGGGAGCAGAAGCUGCGACAGGCGAAGGCGCAGCCACAGCUGGCCAAGGUGCUGGCGACCGACGAGUCAGAGCAGGGGGCACCGCAGGUGACUGACGAGGUGCUGGAGGCGGGACUGAAGGCAACUGUCGAGCUAGAGCCAGGGGAACCGCGGGCGACCAGCAAGCAGGAGCUGGAGGACCGCAGGAGCUGGAGGACCCCCAGCCGACCACUGAGCCAAUGCCAGUGAGACCGAUGGCGAGCCAGGGGGCUUGGCGGGUGGGACCCGACCCCUGCGCAGAUGUCCUGUCCCUCGUCGGGACACAGAGAGCUGAGGUCCUGGCAGGGAUCUGGAGUGUCUGCAAUAUGUUCAGCGUAUCUCAAGCCACUCAAAAGGAAGGCGUUUGCCCAUAAUCCAGAGUGCAAGAUGCCAACCAGUUCUGAUCAAUGGAGCCUACUGCGGGCCAACAGGCAGUCUGGGAGUGAGGUCAACCCUAUAUGUCAGGAUGACUGAGUACCAUGGUCCAAGGUGAAUGUUUGGGUGUGUUGAAAAAAGACCAAUGUCAAUUUACUGCACAUGCUUCCCUUGAUAUGAUAAUUAAUUCAGGAUUUGAGAAUCAUCCACAUAUGGAAUGCUAAAGGCACUAUGAUUGUCAGGGUUGGCUCUUGUGAUCGCUGGUAAAGGCGGGCGAUCGAGCAAGGAGCAGGCAGGCAGGCAGAUUACGGGGAUUUAAUAAGGAUACGGGGAGUAGGAAACAUCAAGCUUCAACUAACAUCAAUGACAGACGAAGGACUCAGGCAAGACAUGGACUCAAAUAGACAGGAUAGAUCAAAACAGCAAGACACAGCUGGGUACGAUCGGGGAAGCAGACGUGGAUAAUCAGGGGGACGUGGCACACACGAGGAGCGGACGAGCCGGGCGUGGCAAUGAUGAAGCAGCCAUUGAUUAUCGCAAGUUAGACUGCAUACCAUCCUGAUUUCAACCACGUCCACGCUGCACUGUCCCAUGAAGCUGAAAGUCUCCAAGCUCCAAGUCUUUCACGCUUGAAAGUUUGCAAUUAGGAUUGACCAAAGAUGAUAACUGAUUGUUUCAUACUGAUAUUUGGAUUAUUACUGACAUCUUUCCUGCUUGCACUGUAACUUGCUCUAUGGCGAAGCGGAAUUUCGACCCUGUAGCUGAUGAACACUGUGACUUUCCUCGGCAUAGUGAUGAUUUUGAUCUGUCUGAGACUUUCUUUGUUUCCCCAGCUGAGUUUUUGAAAUCUGAGCCCUUUUCCUAUGUUCCUCUAUCUGGUCCUGUUGGGAAAUCAGGUAAAAAUAAUAGUGAGAAUUCUCUGAGUCUUCCUAAGAAAAAAAUCAUCACUGCCCAAAAGGCUGAUUCAUCUCUAGCUACUCUGUUCCAGUCUGCGUUAUUUGAGACUGAGAUUGAGAAGGAACCUCACUGUUAUAUUUUGCGUGAUGGAGUUUUCAUGAGGAAAUGAGGGCCUUAUAAUGUACCUGAUGAGUGGAUCUUUGUACAUCAGGUUGUAGUUCCAUCGAGUUACAGAGGUGAUGUAUCAAAAGUAGCUCAUGUUGGUCUAGCUGGACACCUAGGUGUCACUAAAACACUUAACCGUGUGUUACAACACUUCUUUUGGCCUGGGCUGAAAAAGAAUGUAGUUCGUUUCUGUAAGAUUUGUAGAGUAUGUCAGCUCACUGGAAAACCUAACCAAACAAUUCCUCCUGCUCCUCUGUAUCCUAUAACAGUGACUGGACAGCCUUUUGACCAUGUCAUUGUUGAUAUUGUUGGCCCACUUGAAUGAUCCAAGGAUGGCUACCAAUAUUUGUUGACGAUGAUGGGUGCAAACACCCGUUUCCCAGAGGCAGUUCCUUUGAGGAAGAUCACUGCUAAGGCCGUAACUAAGGAGCUGUUGAAAUUUUUUACUCUGUUUGGUCUACCUAAGAUCAUUCAAACUGACAGGGGUUUCAAUUUUACUUCUCGUGUGUUUGGCCAAGUGUUAAGACAGCUGCAUAUCCAGCAUAAUAUCUCCAGUGCCUAUCAUCCUGAAAGUCAGGGGGCCUUGAGGCGGUUUCACCAGACCCUAAAGAGUAUGUGGCGAACUUAUUGCGUGGAAACUGGGAAGGACUGGGCAGAUGCUGUCCCUUAGCUGCUGUUUGCCUGCAGAGAGGUAGUAUAGGAAUCUCUAGGUUUCAGUCCCGCUGAUCUAGUUUUUGCACAUACACCACGUGGCCCGAUGGCUGUUCUGAAAGGUCAGUGGCUCAGUGAUUCUUCUCAGAGUAAGUUUUUCUGCUGCUGAGAGGCUGUUUGUUUGGUUAGAUAUCUUUAGUUGCUCUCUCUCUUAUGUUCUCUGGAUCUUUCAUGUAAUGUUUUUUUUGCUGUAAAUAAAAACCCUAGAUUAUUCAGCCAGCUUGUUGGGUUUUAUGUUGUGGUCAUUGACUUGGCCGUAACAUGAACCUACAAGAGCAUUGUGAUUAAUUUUCAAAUGUAAUCAUGUUGGUGGAAAACUUGAAUUGGUGUAGUUUAAAUCUUUGAGUGAAACCAAUCUAUGACAGAUACAUUUAAUUUGACAUCUGAAGAUAUUGCAUAUGGGAUGAUGUCACCUGUGCAUUAUGCCUGUUAUUGUUGGGGAGAAGCACACAUGGACAACACAUGCUGUCAGGGCUGACGAGAAACCUGUCAGUAAGGCUGUGGGGUGUGGGCCUUCCCCACUGACCCUCACCCUCUGUGUCUCCUUAUACACGAGCAGAAAGCGAGCUGCCUGCCCUGGUAUCGUAGGGUAAACAUGUGGCAGAUUAAGGUGCCAUGCAAAACACCAACAAGAAGUGUACAUGCUGUUUAAUUCAUUUUUAUGAAUGUAAUCAAAUAUUGUAAUACACUAACUUUAUGUGGCUUAAUAUCAGGAAUGCACCAUGAUGAAUGUCAUGGUUUUGUGUUUGCAUCUGAGCUCAGGGGGACGAGUCAGCCUAAAUAAUGGGAAGCCCUCAAACAGUGUAGACACCUGCACACACAUGCACACUCACACACACAUAUACAGACAUGCACACACAUACACACACACAGUCAUGUAAUCAUAUAUUUUUGGGGACUGCUCAUUCAUUUCUAUGGGAAAAAAUGCUAAUGCUAACUAUGACAACCUUAACC